CACUGGUGCUGGCUUACAAAGACCUGGAGGAGAGCUACUACAGGGACUGGUCUGAGCGUCUGCGCUGGGCUGGCAGUGCCUCCGAGGCCCGUGAGGAUCGCCUGGCUCGGCUCUACGACGAGGUGGAGCACGAUAUGAUGGAUCGAUCUUGCAGUCCUGCUAGGAAAGACACCGUCUUCUAUGGAGAACGAGUCAACGAACCUGGAGUCAUCCCAGACUCCUUCUCUGGCCCAGCCACUGGUGUUCAGCAAUUCCAAGCAGACUGCUCUGUCCCAGCCUGCCUCUGGAAACUCCUUCUCUCACCACAGCAUGGUGAGCAUGCUGGGGAAAGGGUUUGGAGAUGUCGGGGAGGCCAAAGGCAGCAGUACCACAGGGUCUCAGUUUCUGGAGCAGUUCAAGACAGCCCAGGCGUUGGCUCAGCUGGCAGCUCAGCACACCCAGCCUGCUGGGAGCACCACUGCUGCUUCCUGGGACAUGGGAUCCACCACGCAGACCUCGUCUCUGGUGCAGUACGAUCUCAAGAACCCAACAGAUUCUUCCGUGCAUAGUCCCUUCACUAAGCGACAGGCCUUCACGUCAACCUCGACCAUGAUAGAAGUGUUUAUGCAGGAGAAACAGCCUGUGGUGACGGCCUCCACAACCACACCGGCACCCCCAUCCUCUCCACUGCCCAGCAAAACCAAUCCUGUGCCCCAGAUGUCCCCAGGGUCCUCGGAUAACCAGUCCUCAAGUCCCCAGCCAGCACAGCAGAAGCUGAAGCAGCAGAAGAAAAAAGCAUCAUUAACAUCAAAGAUUCCUGCACUUGCGGUGGAAAUGCCUGGCUCAGCGGAUAUCUCAGGGCUAAACCUGCAGUUUGGGGCGUUGCAGUUUGGUUCGGAGCCUGUUCUCGCUGAGUACGAGUCGACGCCCACAACCAGUGCUGCCGUUAGCCAGUCUCAGAGCAGCCUGUACACCAGCACGGCCAGUGAAUCUUCAUCCACGAUUUCAUCCAAUCAAAGCCAGGAGUCUGGUUACCAGAGCGGCACAAUACAGACAGCAACAUUUACCUCCCAGAACAGCGCUCAGGGACCACUGUAUGAACAGAGAUCCACCCAGACGAGGCGAUACCCAAAUUCCAUCUCCUCCUCGCCCCAAAAAGAUCUGACCCAGGCUAAGAAUGGUUUCAGUUCUGUACAGCCCACGCCGUUACAAACCACACAGGCCGUUGAAGGUGCUACAGGCCCCGCAGUGAAAUCCGAUUCCCCCUCUGCUCCCAGUAUCACACCUCUCAGUGAUGGGGUGUCUGCGUCGUCCUUGCUGACAACAGCCAGCCAACACUCGACAGCUCUGAGCAGCCUGAGCCACAGCGAGGAGCUCCCCAGUACAACCACUGCCCAGCUCAGCAGUGCGUUGCCCACCCAGCAGAACAGUCUGUCCUCAUCCACAUCCUCUGGGCGAACAUCAACUUCAACUCUCCUGCACACGAGUGUGGAGAGUGAAGCGAGCCUCCAUUCUUCUGCUAGCACUUUCUCCACCUCCUCCAGCACGGUGUCGGCCGCGCCACCGGUGGUCAGUGUUUCAUCCAGCCUCAGCAGCGUCAGCAGCCUGGGCCUCAGCCUCAGCAGCAACUCCACGGUGACGGCCUCCACUCGAAGCUCCGUCGCAACAACAUCAGGAAAAGCCCCUCCUAAUCUCCCUCCUGGAGUCCCACCGUUGUUGCCUAAUCCAUACAUCAUGGCUCCAGGGUUGCUACAUGCCUAUCCACCACAGGUGUACGGAUACGAUGACUUGCAAAUGCUCCAGACGAGAUUCCCAUUGGAUUACUACAGCAUCCCAUUCCCCACGCCCACCACCCCGCUGACUGGAAGAGAUGGCAGCCUGAGCAGCAAUCCGUACUCUGGUGACUUAACAAAAUUUGGCCGAGGUGAUGCCUCUUCUCCUGCUCCUGCAACAACUCUGGCACAGCCUCAGCAGAGCCAGACCCAGACCCAUCACACCACGCAGCAGACGUUCCUGAACCCGGCGCUGCCUCCUGGCUACAGUUACACCAGUCUGCCGUACUACACAGGGGUACCAGGGCUCCCAAGCACCUUCCAGUAUGGGCCCGCCGUGUUCCCUGUUGCUCCUACCUCUUCCAAGCAGCAUGGUGUGAAUGUCAGCGUCAACGCAUCAGCGACCCCUUUCCAACAGCCCAGUGGCUACGGCUCUCACGGGUACAGCACUGGUGUAUCCGUGACAUCCAGUAAUACAGGCGUGCCGGACAUCUCGGGCUCUGUCUACUCCAAAACUCAGCAAUCCUUCGAGAAGCAGGGAUUUCACACUGGAACCCCGGCAGCCUCCUUCAACCUGCCUUCGGCACUGGGCAGUGGUGGACCCAUCAACCCUGCGACGGCGGCGGCGUAUCCCCCCACCCCCUUCAUGCACAUCCUGACCCCGCAUCAGCAGCCGCACUCGCAGAUCCUCCACCACCACCUGCAGCAGGAUGGGCAGAGCGGCUCCGGGCAGCGCAGCCAAGGCAGCUCCAUCCCCCAGAAAUCCCAGGCCAACAAAUCCGCCUACAACAGCUACAGCUGGGGUGCCAACUGAGGCCGGGCCCCCCCCACCACCACUUUGCUUCCAGAAGAGAAUCCCAGCUACCCCGAUGAUGCCGAAGGAUCCCAGGGAGGAGAGAGCCCUGUGGUGGGGAGCGCCCAGGCCCCCAACCCCGGCAGGGCCCCGCAGGGCAGGCCGCAGGCGCCUCUGCGUUGUCUGUCUUCAGCCACUUUCCUGUUGUAUGUAAUAUAGAAUUUGUAUUUUUUCUUUUUUUUUUUUCCUUUUUUUUCUCUCUGCAUUCAGAUCUGAACCGUUUGCCGUAGGGGCCUUUUUUGGUUUUUACUCCUUUCUGUCCCCUCUCCCCUCCUGCUGCCCCAGAACCUCUCAGAUCCAAAGGAGUGGAAGCUGUGAGUCGCCUACAGCAAACCCCCUUAUUAUUAGGAAUAAGACCAGUAAUUGAUAUGAGCAGCAUUGUAAGAUUAAUUAGUUGAAGUGUUUUUUUUGUACCGUGUUCUAAAUUUAAUGGAUAAAUGUGUCUUGUAUAUAAAAACAAAAACCCCA